AUGAUGCUGGCAAGAGUUUGUCGAGCUUCACUCGCACCCAACAUCAACGGUCUACUCAAAGCACCAGUAGCUUCAAAGUCAUUUGCACCAAAAUUUGAAACUGUACGACUCUUUGCAAGCGAUGGACGGACUAGCUUUGCUCGAACUGCCCGACGAAGGAUGACUGUCGUUGAACAGGCAAUGGCACCUGCCGGUGAACGUGCAUAUGGUGCUGGGAAAAGUGCUCUCGCAGGAUUUUCAGCACUAGCUUUGGGUGGACUUUGUUACUAUGGAUUAGGGCUCUCCAAAUCAGCUGGUGCCAUUGAUCAGGCAACGUUUUGGCCAGAAUAUGUAAAAGAGCGAAUCCGAUCGACUUACAUGUACUUUGGUGGUUCAAUCUUAGUCACAGCUGCUGGCGCAGCUUUAUGUCUCAGGUCUCCAACAAUGAUGAAUCUUGUGGCAAGACAAGGAUGGCUUGCUCUCGGAGCUACUAUGGUUGCAAUGAUUGGUUCUGGCAUGGUUGCGCGAAGUAUUCCUUACAGUCCCGGAUUUGGAGCUAAACAAGUUGCGUGGAUGGUACACACUGGAAUAAUGGGUGCUGUUCUGGCACCCAUGUGUCUUCUUGGAGGUCCUUUGGUAGCCAGAGCAGCCCUGUACACAGCUGGUGUGGUCGGUGGUCUUUCUACAGUUGCAGUUUGUGCCCCGAGCGACAAAUUCCUGUACAUGGGUGGCCCUCUCGCCAUUGGUUUAGGUGUCGUUUUUGUUAGCUCUUUGGGUUCUAUGUUUUUAUCUCCCACCACCGUGCUUGGAGCUGGAUUACAUUCCAUGGCUCUUUAUGGUGGCUUGAUACUCUUUUCCGGCUUUCUCCUAUACGACACACAAAGGAUUAUAAAAAAUGCCCAAAUCCACCCUGUAGCACCACUCGCACAAAUGAGGCCCUAUGAUCCGAUCAACAAUGCUAUCUCAAUCUAUUUGGAUACAGUCAAUAUCUUUAUCCGAAUUUUGACCAUCUUGGCUGGUGGUGGUGGCAGGAAGAAGUAAAGAGUUAUGGUUUUGUGAAUUACCAAAACUUACAUGUGAUGGGUGAGGAGAAUACUAUUUUACGAGCAGAAAAAUAGACAAGGUAUAAAAACCAACCGUAGUCGAUGAGUAUAAAAAUACAUCACAAAUACCAUUCGAACAUCUGUAAUGGCGCAUAUAAUUCAUUUAUAUUUUAUUGUUGCACUAUAUUGUUCUCGAUGAAAUUGUACCAGUUUAAGGAAAAAUAAUUACUCGGACUGAUUUAUUAACGAUAAUAUUGGGGUGCAUUUUCAUUCAUGUAGAUACGAUAACAAUGAUUCACGACAGAAAUAUCUUUGAAUUGAUUUUAUUUAUAGCAGAGGAAAGUUUGUAAUUUAUUGUGUACGCGUAAGUAUUUACAUUAUUGGUCUAGUGCUACGCGAAAUAAAUGAAAUUUCAAUGCAA